AUGUUAACUACAGUCGCAUUUGGAGUAAUCAAGUCCACAGAACGAGCCGGCAAAGUCCACGUAUCACUAUUGGACUAUCACAAACUGCCACUUUCGUUCGUCCUCAACACCAAGGACAAGAUUACAGUGCCGACCUGCCCGUUAACACUUAGUGCAUUGGACGAAACCAUGCUUCGAUCAUUGGAUAUUCGACUAGAAACACUCACAGCUCUUCGUCGUGUUAACCCGGACAUUCUGAUAGGAAUAGACUAUUUCUGGGACAUCGUUACUACCGAAACACCAGUAACAUUACCCUCAGGAUUAGUUCUAUGUCAUACCCGUUUUGGGCCAACCAUCUCAGGUUCAAAGUUUUUUCGUUCAGUUUUUAUAGCAAUCCGCCAUCGCAGCUAA